AUGGGUGUGACCAAGGAGCAAGUCGAAGCUUCUUUAACUUCCAAACUCAAUCCUGUUCAUCUGGAAGUCAUUGACACAUCAGGAGGUUGUGGGGCGAGUUUUGCUGUUGAGAUAGUCUCGGAACAGUUUGAAGGGAAGAGAUUGCUGGAGAGGCACCGCAUGGUGAACGCAGCUCUUGAAGAAGAGAUGAAAGAGAUACAUGCUCUCUCAAUAAAGAAAGCUCACACUCCACAGCAAUGGAACCCAACUCCACAAGACUCUGCUACAACUACUCCAACCACAGAUGCUUGA